CUACUUCUCUAGACUUACUCUGCCCCCCGCCCACCGUAACUGCUCCCAGAGAGAAACCUUUUACAAUGGAGGGAGUUCAGGACCCAGAACAGGCCACUGCGAAGCAGGGGCGUGAGAAAGAUAAAGAUCAGAAACAGCAGAAACGUUUGGAGGUUCCAACGCAGGAUGGCCGAUCUGUUCUCCCGGUUUUCAACGCGCAGAAUUCUCCACAGCCUGCUCCAUUGAAUGGGGUAGUAGUAGCUAAUGCCCCAGAGCAAGAGAAUCCGAAUGGUACCUUGCGUCGUCGUUUACGACCGUCAAAACAAGCGACCGAACGUGAAAGUGCCAAGGCUUCAAUGGAGAUCGACGCAGGUUCAAAGAACAAAAAGCGGAAGGAAGAGAUCAUCGACAUCCUAAAACCUAUUUCAGACGGCGACGAUAUACAUUCUUAUUCGAUCCUCGUAUGUUGGGGGAGACAGGGUCAUUGUCAAAUACUUCCUGUCAAGAUUGCAUAUACAGCCAACGAUGUGGCUGUGUGGCAAGAGCUCCGCCGCGUGUGGUAUGCACAGAGAGGAUUCUGGAGGAGUCUUCUGCCUUUUCUAAGUGCUAGAGUCGAAGUUGUUGAGAUUUCAAUCACUGGACGUGGAUCCCCAGGCACGGCGGAAACGACGUUCAUUGGCACCUACAGAAACGACCACUUGAGUGCCGAAGAAAGCCGACUCAGGAACUUCACGGCGAAUUAUGUGCCUCAGGGCAACCCAUCUCUGAGCGAGAGACGCUAUCCUUACAACCAAUAUGCGAGCGACUAUGGCUAUUCUUACGACCAAUAUCAGCGCAAGCCAGGCUGUAGGUGCCAUCCUUCCGCGCCCUACCCAUCUGAGGGCAUUGUACGCUGCGGGCAGAGAUGUCGAUCACUUUACAGUGACAUAAGGACAUGUCCGGGGCAAGAGUGGUGCGACGCAACGACAAAGCUAUUGCGAUUCCAAAUGCGGUGGUAUCUGAGCCUGGCAUUCUCUUGCCCAAAUAUUGCCGCAGGGAAUGACCUAUUGGAUGCAGAAGAUAUAGCCCUUAGUGAACAGGACAUUCUAUCAAAACUCGAAAGCGAGUAUUGUCCAAGUCUAGUGGAGCUACAAUUUCGAGGACUCAUGAUCAGUGAAGGAUUGGAUACAGGUUCUCGGGGUGUGGCGUUAUCGUUGGGCGCAACGGUACUCUUUGUGAUCGUUGUAGCAGCCAGGUUAAUAUUUGGUGAUUGGGGAACGGCUUGGAAUGUUGGGUCAUUUUUUGUAGCAUUGGCUACUCUUGCGUGGAUGAAGAUUAAUCACUCGGUGGGGCCGAGUGAUGCAUCGACCACGAAGGAUGAUGAGAGAGCUGCUGGCUCCCAUUCCGUCUGAAGACCGAGGGUGUAGAUUCGGGAGGCGUUCACGAGUUGUCUACAGUGUAUGUACACUUUCAAUUCCAA